CCCCCAAACAGGUCUUGCUAUCACUCGGCGAUACUUUCAUCACGGCUACCAUCACCAUGUUCACUCCCUUCAUCAAACAGGAGGGAUUCAACCCCGAUUCACCCUCCAAUAAUUCACCCAAUAAUCCUCCCUCACCAGGACCAUUCGACCCUUCACACUUCUUCGGUGGUACCAUGUUCCCAGAUGCUUUCAGAAACAAGUUCCAGGACAAUCCUGGCGCCAUCGACUUUGACGAGACCUUAGCGUCCAUGAUCACCGAGAACAACGCAGCUCAGCCGUCCGAGGUCACUCACCCCUUCGAAUCAGGUUCGAAUGAUAGCACCCAUUCCUACGACCCACCCCCGAUGGACCUCCGUUUUCCUAGCCAGCAGGACAUACAUGCGGCACCUUCUUCCUUCGAGGCAGUCGCCCGGUCUUACGGUGACUCCUUCAUUUCACGGCAGCACAUGACCCCCAUGGAUACCACCUCUAUACACAACGGCGAGGUCUAUUACGACCCAUCUUCCAACGAUUACCUGUCGUCCUCUACCGGCAUCAGCAUGUCUCGCCUGCUCACAAACAACCUUCAACUCAACUCUAACGCCGCUCGUCCUGACACUCCCGGCUCAUCGAUAGCCUCUCCCGUCGACGUCAGUUUUCCAGGAAUAAAGAAGAACUCGCCUCCCUCUCCCUCUCGUUCAAGAUCGCGUUCGCGCCUUUCCAAAACGGCUAUCACAGGUUCUCGCUCUCGCACCGGCCGAAAGCGCGACUCGAUCACUUCGCCACCUUCUCCGCCCCUGAUCACCCCUCCAUCCUCUGUUGGAACGCGCCCUCAAGCGAUCGUCAUCCCUAACUCGGCGGCUGUUAUUGGAUUGACGCAUCCAUCGUCGCCAUUGGGGCUCAACCUGCCCGGCCAUCCAGCAACUGCCCCGAGUGGCUGGUUCCUACCGAGCCAAGAUAAUGGCUACACUCUGCCGCAGCAUCCCCAGUCCUUUGCCCCUCAGUUCGGCGCGAGCCUGCCAAACAGUCAGAAUAUGGCUUUGAGCAAUAACACCCCAGCACCUCCAGAGACGGUGCACAAACAGGCGGCCAUGUUGAGUGAGAAGCGUCGGCGCCGGAGGGAAUCGCACAAUGCGGUGGAACGCAGACGGCGUGACAACAUCAAUGAGAAGAUCAGCGAGCUGGCAACGCUCCUUCCAGAGGGUAUGCUGGACCCAGCCACCAAAGAAGGGGAAGCCGCAAAAGUUGAGAACAUGUUCUCGAUAGGCAAUGGCAUGAGCACCGGUAUCAUUCUUGCUGACGAAGAUGGCAAGGAAUCACCUGCUUUGAAGGCCAACAAAGGCAUCAUUCUGCGUAAGAGCGUUGAAUACAUAAGGCAGGUGUCUGUCACAACCGGAAUGUGUAUCGCCCUAUGCUCAUCACUUAGUAGGCAUCUCCAACAACUAGUGCAGGCCCAGGCCCAGCGGAAUCGUGAUUUGGAGGAUGAAUUGAAGAAGUACCGACCUCCUGGUGAAGCCAUGGAUAUGUCAGCGGAUGGCCCUAUGGCUGAGUUGCUGCUUGCAAGCGGUCUUGCCCCUGAGCACAUUAAGCUGCUGUCCGGAGAGGUUGAUGGAGCAACAUUACGGCUCUCUCCGCUUCCAGGAUCACCGAACAACGUGAUGGAUACCACGCGAGGUCAGGAUGGACGUAAUCCGGACACUUCGCCUUCCGAUAGGUCUGGCGGGCUCGAAGAAGAGGAUGAUGAAGUCAGCGGCGUGAGAGGGAGAGAGAGGGAGAGGGGUGUAGGACGCUUUGCAUUGCAGAAUCUGCAGCAUUUGCAACGAAUGGGCGCCGACGAAAGUGCUUUGAGUGACGGAGAGGGUGCGGCCAUGGAGGACUGA